AUGAACUUGCUUGCCUAUCACGAGUUGCACACAAGUGAGCUCAAUGAUGGCUAUGAUUGGGGGCGUCUUAAUCUUCAUUCAGUCACUGAGCAAAGCUCUCUCGAUGACUUCCUUGCGACUGCCGAACUUGCUGGAACAGAGUUUGUGGCUGAGAAGUUAAACAUUCAGUUUGUGCGUCCUGAGACUAGGACUGGGCUGCUGUCUUUUGAGGAGAGCCAAAGAAUUAAGAAGCUUCAUGAAGAAAACAAGCAGUUCUUGUGUAUACCAAGGAGACCAAACUGGGACAAAGAAACUAGUCCAGAAGAACUCAAACAGGCAGAGAAAGAUAACUUUCUAGAAUGGAGACGUCAGCUUGUCCGGCUAGAAGAGGAGCUAAAGCUGAUCCUGACUCCAUAUGAAAGGAAUCUAGACUUCUGGCGCCAGCUCUGGAGGGUCAUUGAAAGAAGUGAUAUUGUGGUCCAAAUUGUAGACGCUCGAAACCCACUGCUGUUUAGAUGUGAGGAUUUGGAGCGUUACGUGAAGGAGCUCAACGGUGAUAAGGAGAAUGUGAUUUUGAUCAAUAAGGCGGACCUGCUGAGCGCAGAGCAGCGCCGGGCCUGGGCCGCGCACUUCGAGAAGGAGGGCGUGAAGGUCAUCUUCUGGUCCGCUUUGGCCGAAUCUGUUCAGCGGAACAGAGGCGCACAGGAGGAAGAGAAUGGAGCUGCUGGAGGAACCAGCACAACUGAGCUUGAGGACUCGGAUGGGGAGGAGCAGGCGGAGGCGGAGAUUCCAGACCCGCGGACUGAGCGGAUCCCCGGCAGGGCGUUUCCCUCUCCUAGUGACACCGCCUCCAGCAGCGAGGACGACAGCGAGUAUGAGGACUGUCAGGAGGAGGAGGAGGAGGAGGAAGAUUGGCAGACGUGUUCGGAAGAUGACAGCGACCUUGAAGAAGAGUCUGGUGACGGGAACUGGAAGAAAAGCUGUACUGCCGAUGCUGACCCUCCAGACAGGGAAGCCCCGCAGAAGAGGCAAGCACGCAAUUCUAGCCAUCUGGUAUCAAAACAGGAAUUACUGGAGAUCUUUAAGCAGUUACACACUGGGAAGAAGGUGAAAGAUGGACAGCUUACUGUUGGACUGGUGGGGUACCCCAACGUGGGCAAGAGCUCGACGAUCAACACCAUCAUGGGUAACAAGAAGGUGUCAGUGUCCGCCACCCCUGGUCAUACCAAGCACUUCCAGACGCUCUACGUGGAGCCCAGCCUCUGCCUGUGCGACUGCCCUGGACUGGUGAUGCCAUCCUUUGUCUCCACCAAGGCUGAGAUGAUCUGCAAUGGAAUCCUGCCAAUCGACCAGAUGAGAGAUCACGUCCCACCUAUAGCACUGGUUUGCCAGAAUAUCCCAAGACGUGUGUUCGAAGCCACCUAUGCAGUUGCUAUCAUAAAGCCAAGAGAGGAUGAAGAUCCCCAUCGACCCCCAACCUCAGAAGAGCUGUUGUCGGCUUAUGGCUCUAUGCGGGGGUUUAUGACAGCUCACGGGCAGCCAGACCAGCCCCGCUCGGCGCGGUACAUCCUGAAGGACUACGUCAGUGGUAAGCUGCUCCACUGCCACCCUCCGCCUGGAACCGACCCUGUGCUGUUUCAGCACCAGCAUCAGCGGCUCCCAGAGAACAGAGCAGAUGAAGAAGAGAUCAGAAUGCGGCCGGGCAGUCAUAAAAAUACAAAGCAGAUUGAAAAUACAGUAGACAAGACCUUUUUUCAUCAAGAGAACAUGAGAGCCUUGACCAAGGGGGUCCAGGCUGUGAUGGGCUACAAGCCUGGGAGAGGCCUGGUGACCACAACUAGUCAGUGUUCUGAAGCCGGGGCUGGGAAGCCCUGGAAAAAGCAUGGCAACCGGAAUAAAAAAGAGAAAAGCCGCAGACUCUACAAGCACCUGGAUAUGUGAGUGGGCCCGGCAGAAAUGGCACCUGCGUCGUGUGGAUGGACGGGCCUGGGCGCCUUUUCAGGACAUGGCCUCUAGAAAGGACCCUGCUGCUGGCAGCACGACCCCUCGGCAGCCUUGAUAGCAAGACUGACGAUCCUGGAAGCGCCAGCUCCGACUCGGGUCUCCCUGGAGCCACCACCACCACCCCCCCACCCCGGACUGUGGUGCCUUCAGAAGACUGGCCUCAAGAUGAGUGAAUGGCUGCUGUCUCUGUUUGUUGUGAAUUUGUACAAAGGUGCAUAGUGGUUCAUAAGGGUAAGUUUUUUAAAAGAUAGUAAAAUCAAGUUGCUAGUGACAUGUCUUACUGGUUUAAAUAAACAAAUGCACUGCCA